UCCCUCACCUCACAUCACCUCACGCUACUACUACCCUAACGACAAGUACCUCUCUCACCAUUCGUCUCACCUCUCAGCUCAUUCUUUAAUGGCGGGACCUCUCUAUCAUCGACCUCUCCGCUGUAACUAAGCUCACGCCACUCACUGUGAAUUUUUCUAUAGAAAAUUCCAAAAUCUCACUACUUUUUUCCCUACGAAUCUAUGGUUUUUCUCUUGUCUUCUAUAUAAAUCAAAGGGGCGGCUGCAACCCUGACAAUAUAGAACUAGAAGAAGAAGAAGAAGAAGAAGCCUAUGACCAUCACCACCAUCUCCCUUUUCCUCUAAACAAGCAAUUCCAAGCAUAUAUAUAGAAGUAGAGAAAGAGAGAGAGAGAGAAGAGAGAUGCUGGAAACGGUACGGUACCUGAUCGGAUCGGCAGGGCCGAGCGGCUACGGAUCGAAAUCCACGGCGGAGGAAGUCACGGAAGCAUGCGCCGACCUCCGAUCCAUCACCGCCAUCAUCACCGGUGCGACAUCGGGGAUCGGCGCAGAGACGGCGAGGGUGCUGGCAAAACGCGGCGCGAGGCUAAUCCUCCCGGCCCGGAACUUGAAGGCGGCGGAGGAGACGAAGGCACGCAUCACGUCGGAGUUCCCCACCGCCGAGAUCAUCGUCCUUCCUCUCGAUCUCAGCUCCUUCUCCUCCGUUCGCUCCUUCGCUUCUCGAUUCCUCUCUCUCCGUCUCCCUCUCAAUCUUCUCAUAAAUAACGCGGGAAAAUUCUCGUACGAGCGCGCGAUUUCGGAGGACGGCAUCGAGAUGACCUUCGCCACUAAUUACUUAGGUCAUUUUUUGUUAACAAAACUGCUUCUAAACAAGAUGGUGGAAACGGCGAGGGAAACGUGUAUUCAAGGCCGCAUCGUCAACGUUUCUUCCAGCAUCCACGGCUGGUUCUCCGGCGACUGCAUCCAUUACCUCCACCUCAUCACCAAUAAUAAGAUAGCGUUUGAUGCGACGAGGGCUUAUGCAGUAUCGAAGUUGGCGAACGUGCUGCACACGAGAGAGCUGGCAGAGAGGCUGAAGGAUAUGGAGGCUAACGUUGUAGUUAAUUGUGUUCAUCCUGGUAUCGUUCGCACUAGACUCACUAGAGACCGCGAGGGUUUCCUAACUGAUAUGGUGUUUUUUCUAGCCUCCAAGUUGCUUAAAACUAUACCCCAGGCGGCGGCAACGACUUGCUACGCGGCGGUGCAUCCGAAGGUGGAGGGAGUAACCGGAAAGUACUUCGCCGACUGCAACGAGGCGGCGGCGUCAAAAGCCGGGUGCAACACGGCGGAGGCGGCGCGGCUGUGGCGCAUUUCAGAGGAGAUGAUAGUGGAGCAGGAGCAGUAGUAAGGAAACUUGGGUUGCCAAAAGAAUGAAAGGUUGUAGAUGUGUAGAUGUGACUGUUCAAGAAAGAAAGGAUGUGGAUAUCCGAGAAGAUUCUAGAUGGACAAAAGAAGAGCUAGGGUUUUUAGAGUGAAUGAGAG